CGUAACGCCGGAUGAAGUCCCACAUAGACACACACCGGCAUUAUCUCACCGGUUUAACCUCGAUCGGUUUGGAAGGAAUCGUUAGAGAAACGACUGUUAUUGUAUUAAACGAUCGUGUAUAAUUUGGAAGUUGUUGUAAUUGUUAGCAUUUAUACACAGCUGGGACUUUCUCAUUGAAAAAUCAGCUGUGUUAUUUCUCGUAGUGUACAUGACCGUCCGUGUCUGUUUGUUUUUUUAUUGUGAUCAUUCGAGUUUUAUUUAACGUUACGCGGUUUGGUUUUACAUAUCGAUAUAUUCAUUGAUGGCAGUGUCAGGGGGUGCCCGAUGUUUCCCGAUGGGUGUGCGGACAUUCAGCGAGUUUCUGGAGAUAGCGACCGUCGGUCCGUGUCGCUCCGGCAGCCCAUAUAAGCACCGAGAGAGAAUACAGCAGUGGUCCAUCCGACAUUUGUCUUCCUGCGGGAUUUUAAUGACCCGUCCCCCUCGAGCUCUUUGUCUCUCUGACGUGGAUCAUCUGACCCCCACUCAUCACAGAAGAUCUUUCAUCAGCCUCACCAAUAAGAGAAAAGAGUAUUCAGAGAGAAGAAUACUAGGGUAUUCAAUGCAAGAGAUGUAUGAAGUGGUAGCCAAUGUGGACGAGUACAAAAACUUUGUACCCUGGUGCAGAAAGUCCCAGAUCAUCAUGAGUAGGGCCGGUCAUUCCAAAGCGCAUAUGGAAGUGGGCUUCUCACCCGUUGUUGAACGAUACACGUCUAUGAUAAGCCACGUUCGUCCACAUCUUGUUAAAGCUGUAUGUUCUGAUGGAAAGCUCUUCAAUCAUUUGGAGACGAUAUGGCGCUUCAGUCCUGGUCUUCCUGGUUAUCCGCGCACAUGCACGGUAGACUUUUCUGUCUCGUUCGAGUUUCGCUCUCUGAUACACUCGCAGUUAGCGACCGUGUUUUUCGAUGAGGUGGUGAAGCAGAUGGUGGCCGCGUUCGAGCGAAGAGCGUGCAAACUGUACGGGCCCGAGACGAGAAUACCAAGAGAGCUCAUGUUUCACGAGAUCCAUCAGACGUGAGGUUUACCAUCACACCUGGACUCACUCAUAAUAACUAUAUUACAGCCAACUCUGUAGACGGUUAUCAUCAAUAACACACCUGACCGGUUUAAUAGUGUGGAUCAUAUUGGGAUGGGACAGUCUGUUUUUAUUUUUAGGCAAUAUUUCAACUAAUUUGCAGCCUUGCAUACAUAAAAAGGAGAGACUUGACACAUUUGCCUCUGUUAUCAAAUGUUUAUAGAUUAUUUCUUGUCUUAUUGUAUCAUAUUUCUGUAAAUAUAUGAUAAUUUCUAUACAGAAAUAAUAUAUAGUGUUUCAUUAUAGUUACAUACAACUUAUUCUGUUCACUUCUCGGUUCAUCGGGCCCAAAUUUUGAAGUUAUCACAGGAAAUACAGGGAUGCAUCUAUAAUGGAUGUCUAUGGGUCAACGCAUUUUAUGCUUGCCCUAUUGAUCUUCAUUGUAUGUGCAGCUGUUGGUGCUUUUUUUGUAUGUUUUCAAAAGGAUGCACGUCAAAAUAUUUUUUUGCACAGAUGUUGUCAGGCGUAACCUGUAUUAAACCAAAAUAUUCUUAUGAAAAAACUGUACACAACAAAACUGUUAUGGGAACUCACUUUUUUUUUUGGUUUUCAUCCAAAUGCUCAAAGUCACCUGCCUGACUUUUACACUGCACUGAAUUUAUAACAUUCAACUUAUUUUCAACCCGGCAUUGGGUCAAAAAAGGACCAACCCAGCCUGGGUUGUUUUAACAUUUUCUAGGUUAAUUUAACCCAACUGCUGGGUUUGUCCCUUUUUUACCCAAUGCAGGGAUUAAAACAUGACAGCAUUUAGCCGAGGGAAGAUAACUGUAAUUGAGCAGAUAUAAAAAGCUGUUAUCCAAUAUUUCAAACUUUGGACCCACCACCAUAUUUAGUGCAUAAAUAGUUAAUUCUAAUAAAAGUAAAUAUAGAAAUAUACUUUGCAUGCUUCCUUGGUUCAUGCAAACUCAGGGCUUUAGAGAAAUUUAUAUUCAGUUUAAUAAAUCAGCCUGCCGUUUACUUUAGCGAUCACAGAUUGUGCCUGUUCACUUUGAAAGAGCAAUGAAAGUGCCAUUUCGGUUGCAUGUAUGUUUUGUUAAACACUACUGUAUUCAUGUCAUCUGAUUUUUCAAAAAGGCACAAGUUAUAGUUUCAUCUUGAAUGUUUAUUUUAUGAAAUUAUGUUUUUAUCUAUACUUUUCAAUGCCAUUUAUGCAUUGCAUGACAUUUAGUUGAACACAGUAAUUGUUAAAAUGUUGAUUAUUUAUUUGUCUAGAGGUCUGCAAUGAUUGUGCACCACAAGAAGAGAUUUUCAUGUACAUUUGCCUGUUAAAUGUGAAUGAGAACCAGAAAUAUGCUUGAGAUGAGCACAAUUAUAGGGUUAAAUCUCUUUAAAACAAAUGUUUUGUGUGAAGCUUUAUUUCUCUGUCAGCAGGCCUGUGGUCAGUGGUGAAUUACAUUGGAGAAGCUUUUAUUUUCAUUUGAAUAUCUAUAAAUGUUUAUCAAAUGAA